GUUUUCUCUGUCCUCUGGGCUGAGCUCUGUGCUCUGUGCUCCCGUGUCAUCACAUUGAAUUCUCGAGAUGCCUUUGUGACCUGGGGGGCCCGUCCUCAGACCUCGGAGGCAGUGGGUCUGGACUCCAUUUGAUUGAAGCCAAAGCUUGGGCUUUCCUGCCCCUCCCACUGGGUGUUAUUCGGGAUCAGGAGUUGAACCACCUCAGCCUGAAAUUCCUAUCCAGCCCGUCAUUUGUUUUAUUGAUGUCAGAGAGAGGAAGGGAGAGGGCGAGAGGGAUGGAAACAUCAGGGAUGAGAGAGAAUCUGUGAUGGCUUCCUCCUGCACGCCCCCUCCUGGGGAUCGACCGCUCCUCCUGGGCGUGUUGCUUGAAUAGGCAUCUCACCAGUGAACUGCUGCUGCCUGGGAGGCCGCUCCACCCACUGACCCACACCUGCCGGGCAGCUUAUUAAUGAGAUCGUUUACAUUUCUUUUGAAAUUGGCUGUGAAGUCCCCAGAACGUGCUGUACAUUUUGCACUUAGGCGCCUCUCACCUCAGACUGGCUGCGUUUCAGUGCUGAGCGGCCACACGUGGGCAGUGGCCGCCCGAUGGGCCAGUGCACUUGUCCUCCCCAUGUCACUGGCUGUGUUGGUCCUGAGGACAGGUGUGGCUCCUACCGAAAAGGCCCUCUUGUGCACGUGGCCUUUCUUCUCUGGGAGCAGUUUCCCAGCAGUGGAGCCACAGGGGCCUUGGUGGAGGACACAUUGUUGAUCUCUGUUUCAGUCGCUCACCCUCUUGACUAAGGAGUUGGAGGAGGAAAGAAGUCAAGCCCAGAGUCAAACUAACACACUGAAACAGCUGAACAAGACUCUCCUGGAAGAGCAUGCUGGCACCUGGCCUCAGAAUAAAGGCUCAUUGAUGACAGAACCUACAGGAAAUGCGGAGGAGGAGGAGGAUGACCACCUAAUGACACAAACAAAAGAGGCCCAGAGUCCUGCUGCCGGGAUAGGCUCAUUGAUGACUGAGCCUACAGGAAAUGCGGAGGAGGAGGAGGAUGACCACCUAAUGACACAAACAAAAGAGGCCCAGAGUCCUGCUGCCGGGAUAGGCUCAUUGAUGACUGAGCCUACAGGAAAUGCGGAGGAGGAGGAGGAUGACCACCUAAUGACACAAACAAAAGAGGCUCAGAGUCCUGCUGCCGGGAUGAGAAAGCACAGAAGUCGAUUAAGAACCAUGCUCAGAUUCUUCCAACGCCAGAGACACGGCUCAAGAGGACAAGCCACGUCACCCGCAGAGAGCGCUCCCGGGUCCCCGGAGGCCACCCCAGCCGGCUCGGGCCGGCUGGAAGACAGAGACACCGGCAGUGAGCCCCUGCCAAAAGGUAGGAGGCGCUGGCCUGGCUGCAGGAGGGCAGUGAAGGGGAGGAUGGCAGGCCUCCCUCGUGGGCAGGGCAGAAGCAUCGAGAAGCCAGCUGGGUGUGCACACGUGUGCUUGGAGGCUGAAAGAGGUGCUCCGCACACACCCACCCACGCCAGGCCCCUUACGUGUGUGGACACCCAGGUAGAGAAUGUGAACCCCCGUCUCUGUUGUGGUGGUUUCGUCCCAGAGCCAUUUAGUACCUUCAGCAUAAGAAGCCUCCCCAUCACGGACACUGUGGUGGGUCCUCGAGUAUCCAGAGCGGAUUUCCCGACAGUUACCGCAGAGACAAGCUCAGGAGAGUAUGUUUGUGGGGUUCCUGGUCUCUGCCAGGCCUUGGACUAGCCAUUUCUGCAGGGAGAUCCCACGCAUGUAACACGUCAUGGACAUCUGCCUGGUCUUUGGCAAGGCUCGGGCUCUGCUCUUCCCGGGCCUCUAAAAGCAGGUGUGGUUCUCCUCUCCCCCCGACCCAGCCCUGAG